AGGUUGAGCCAUGUGGGAGGGUGUUGCCCUGUGGAAUUUGUAGAUAAGGAUGCUUUAUACCUGCGUGUGCCCGAGAGACCAGUUACAUUCUGCGGCUUCCAGAGGGAACGAGCCUCCAGAGGAGUACAGUUAUUCCAUUUUUCUUGUGAGCCAGGUAACACUACUGAGACCACAAUGGCAUGGUGGAAGGCCUGGAGUGAAGCAGAGGGCAAGUCUGUGGCAGGUACUUUAAAUUUUAAUGCUGCACCUGAUGCUCAGACUCUGUACAACGCCAUGAAAGGGCUGGGGACUGAUGAACAAGCUAUAAUUGAUGUCCUAACCAAGAGGAGCAAUCUGCAGCGUCAAGAGAUUGCCAAAUCCUUCAAAGCACAGUUUGGAAAGGAUCUGAUUGAAAGCCUGAAGUCUGAACUGAGUGGCAACUUUGAGAGGCUCAUUGUAGCUCUCAUGUACCCCCCAUUCAAGUAUGAUGCCAAGGAGCUGUAUGAUGCCAUGAAGGGUGUGGGAACAAGGGAAAGUGUUAUCAUAGAGAUCCUGGCAUCUCGGACAAAAGCGCAGAUCAAGGAGAUUAUCAAGGCGUACAAAGAAGCAUACGGUUCUGAUCUGGAGCAAGACAUAAAAUCAGAAACGAGCGGCUACUUAGAGCAGAUUCUGGUUUGCCUUCUUCAGGGUGAGAGGGACAAUGCCACCCUCUAUGUGGACACAGCCCUGGCUCUUCAGGAUGCAGAGGCUCUCUAUGCUGCUGGAGAGAAGAUACGGGGCACUGAUGAGAUCCAGUUCAUCACCAUCUUGUGCAAAAGGAGUGCCACACACCUCAUGAAAGUGUUUGAAGAAUACCAGAAACUGGCUGGUAAGAGCAUAGAGGACUCUAUCAAGAGUGAAACUCGUGGUUCACUUGAGGAUGCCAUGCUGGCUAUUGUGAAAUGCACCAGGAACAUCCGUUGCUACUUUGCAGAGAGGCUGUACAAUGCUUUAAAGGGGGCUGGCACCGAUGAUGGGACUCUGAUAAGGGUGCUUGUUUCUCGAAGUGAAGUUGACCUAAAUCUUAUCAAACCUGAAUUCAAGCGCAUUGCAGGAAAGUCUCUCUCCAGUAUGAUUUUGGAGGAUACCAGCGGCGAUUACAAGACAGCCUUGAUGAAUCUCUGUGGCAGUGACUGA